AUUCGUAAUUUGUUCCUCAAAGCAUCAUGAAUCGAUCAGUUUUAAUAUUUUUCGCGUUACUUUUUUCUAUUCAACGGGAGAUCCAAGGGCAUUCUGAAGAAAUUAUUUCUACCAGAUCUCCUGAUUUCGUUGUCAGUGGUGAGAUUGUCGAUUAUUCAGUGGCAAUUUCAAGAUCUGCUGAAGUGACUGUGAGCAGAACACCUCCAACUAUCAGUGAAACAUCAGUGACAGUUAUUCAAUCUCACGAUUCUGAAGUAGUGCAAGUUGUGACUCAUGUCCAAAGCAGUUACCAAAGUUCAAUAGAAUUCACUUCAACGAGACAAUCAAGUUUCAAUUUUGACUCGUCAUCAGCAACUUCAAUUAUCGGGAAUAAUGUCUUGUUUUCAAACGAAAAUGGCAUAGAAAGAGUCAUUUAUGGUCUCUUUGCCAUUUUGUCGAUCGUUUCGGGAGAAGUUCAGCAAUAUCCGCCGCCAUUCUACGUAUCCUACUUCGACGAUGCAUAUCCAUCUCCACCAGAUUGUUUAACCUCAUCAAACAAUAUUGGUUGUCAAGCUAAAGUUGUAAUCGCAAUUAUCGCAUCAUUAACGAACGAUAUUGAAAAUGUCCUCAGCGACUUUGAAGAUUACGAAACCGACACGUCGGCAGAUAUCGAUGUUUCAUGUCAGAACUUGGCAACAAGUGAAGCUGUUACUUCACAAUUAUCAUCAAUCAGAAAUGCAAUCCAAUCUUAUGUUGAUAACAAUUCCGAAGGAGUUCUUAUUGAGAUAAUUGCGUCAAACUUAGCACAGGAAUUUGAUUCAGCAGUUGCGUCAUUGCAGACAUUAAUCGACAACAUGAUGACUUGCUCAGACACUUUAACAGGAAGUUUGAGUUCGAAUCAUGUGAAAAUCUUCUCCGGUUGUGACGAAGACUCGACGUACCCUGAACUUUGUGACGUUGGCGGAACUAAAUACACAGAACGGUUGAACAGAAACGUCAUACGUUACACAAAUUUCAUCAGAAGACGUGCAGUGCAAGUACGUGAAACAAGACUUACGCGAUUUGAAGAGAAUGCAGCAACAGCAGUGGAACUUUUCUCGUCAAUCUUUUCAUUUAUUCGCACGAGUUUCAACAGGGUCCGAGGCAUUUUCAGCUUUGGAAUAAAAAUCAAUGCUCUCAACUUACAAUCCAAACUCGUUAAAUUGCUUGACACUUAUUCGUCAGUAAUAUCCAACACAAUCCCGAGCAUAACUUCAAUUUUAGAAGAAACUGAACAGGAAGUUGAAAAUAUCCAAAAAAGUACUUCAUUCGAUUUCUACAAGAGAACCAAUAAUUUCAUUGAAGAGAUUAUUACGAACUCAAAUGACUAUCCAUGCUGUAAUGAGUACGCUCAAAGCACUGUUGAACUUCAAGCUAAAUUUGCCAGCGAAUUUUCUGAUUGUAUUAAGGAAUCGUACAAUGUUUGGAAUGAAUUAGCAUACAACGUUACUUUGCAGCUAGCAAGAUCUGGAGAAAGAUUUAAUGAGAUCGACGUAGCACUCGACAAAUGUAUUCGAUUAAGAUGUGACAAAGUACAAUGUCUUAACCAAUACAUUGCAAGAAGGGACAGCACAAAAAUUAUAAAUUGCAUUUACGGUGUUGUUAAAAGCACUUAUGGCGUUCAAGACAUGAUGUAUUUGGAAGGUAACUUCACAAUUGAUGGUCUGAGAGCCAACAGUUCGAUCGCAAUUUCUGAAGCACAAGAAUGUAGCAACGCAGCAGUUGAAGCUGCUGAUACUGAAUUGGAGGAAAUCAAAGCUGCUUAUGAAGAUUGCAAGGUGAAUCGAUGGUGCGAUGCUAUGGCAACUACAACAACAACACCAGCACCACGAGCAUUUAGUUGUGAUGAUGCACGGAGGUUGCCCUAAUUGCUGGAAGAAUGGACAACUCAUAAUUGCUGCUGGUUAUGUUGCGUCUACAAUUUGUUUCUGGUGCCCAAGAAGUGGGACAUGCCCUGCUGACUACGAAAUGAAGCAAUACUGGACCCCCCUUGGGCAGCGUUGUUGCUGUUAUUAAACUUUUGGGGAAUCUUUAUGAUUUGCUCAACUCAGGAACGCAUUCAUUAUUCUUAACAUAAAUCGAUUUAAAUCGUUAAUUUUCGGUUUCAUUAAUGAAAAGUAUUAAAAAUGUCGGCUUAAGAAAUUUCUGACAAUUUUAAUAAUUUCAAAAUUUUGAAGAUUAAAAUUAACAAUUUCAAUCAAUUAACAGUUCGAGGAUGAGUUCUGUAAAAAUUAAUUCAUCAAUAAAAUGAAGCAAAC